GACAAGCAUUGGUUGCUUAGACAAGGUCCACAUCCGCUACCAGCUGGAGUCGUUGAUGAAGUGGACGAGUUUUUCCGGGAUCGAUGGCGUUCUUUAUUGUCCGUCGACGAUCUGGUUUCUGACGUGUACAAUUCUCUGGCAGAGAAGGGAAUGAUCGACAACACGUUUAUUGUUUUCACAUCCGAUCAUGGGUAUCAUUUGGGUCAGUUUUCUCAGCCAAUCGACAAGCGCCAGCCGUACGAAUUCGAUAUUCGUGUGCCUCUCUAUGUACGAGGUCCCGGAGUUGAAGCAGGAUCAACGAGG